AUGCCGCCCUCACAACCCCUCACCCUCAUCGUCGCCACGACGCCAAUCCGCACAAGCGAAAACCUUCCUACGCGCCUCGGCAUCGGCCUACACGGCACCCUCCCCUGGCCGCGCAUAAAAGCAGACAUGGCCUUCUUCGCGCGUGUGACAUCGCGCCCCCCUCGCCCCGGAACCACCAACGCAAUCAUCAUGGGCCGCAAGACCUACGACUCCCUGCCUCAGAACCUCCGCCCGCUUGCGAAGCGCAUCAACGUCGUCAUCACGAGGGAUACAACCGGCUCUGUCCGCGAACGCAUAAUGAGGGAGUUGGAGGCGAAGAGGGCGAAGGCGGCGGCGGCGGCUGCUGCUGAGCAGGCGCAAGCUCAGGCCCAGAAGCAAGAGCAGGCGGAGGCGCGGACAGACGCUCUCGUGAGUACCGGGCUGGAGGACGCGCUGGCGAGUCUGGAGGCUGGCUACGGGGUUGAGGGGAGACUGGGGAAUGUGUUUGUGAUUGGCGGGGCAGAGAUAUAUGCUGCUGCGUUGCGGAUAAGCGAGACAAAACCGGUGCGGAUUGUGAUGACGAAUGUGGAGAGGGUGGAUGGGACGGAGUUUGAGUGUGAUACUUUCUUCCCAGUGGAUGAGGAGCUUUCAGCUGGGGGGAAGUGGAGGAUGGCGAGCGAGGACGAGGUGUCCGGAUGGGUGGGCGAGCAGGUCUCGUCAAAAUGGAGGGAGGAAGGGAAUGUGCGGAUUCAGCUGGUGGGUUAUGAACGGAUACUAUAG